CGUGACCUAUCUACUGCGGACAUAAACAAUCGACAUUGUGCGACAAAAACAAGGCGAAGAAAAGGCUGGUUUUGCAAAAUAGAGCGAAAGACAGUUGUUUUUGAGCUUGGUACUUUCACAAGUACGGUGGUAAGAAACUGUUGGUUGUAACUUUUAUCAUUCUAGCUUCUUUGUUAAGUGCGCAAAAUGGAAACAGUUGUCAAUGGCCAAGUCGAAAUCCAAAAUGGCGAAAUCGACGAUAUGGAAAUGACUGGGGAUGUUGACCCGAUUAGCAGCCUGGACGAACCCGGAAAACCAAUUAGGCUCAUUCGUAAAGCAAAGCGAAUCAAUCGAACAAACUCGGGAGGGGAUGCCACCACCAGCAAUGGCAACGGAACGGAUAAGGCUUUGCCAGCGCUGAAAAACAGUCGCAAGUCGAGGGACGCUCGCGGAAGGGGCGAGCCGAAGAAAGGUGGUUCAGGGGGUAAGGGCACAUGGGGCGCCCCAGGGGAUGAAUUGUUCGUAGAUGGGAGCUGCAGGGACGCCAACGACCCAAACUAUGACUCAGAUAAUCAGGGUGAUUAUGUGGUUGAGAAGAUAGAGCCGUUGGUGACUCCGGAGGAGUUUGACAAGAUAGUCUCCCCAAUUAUUCUGGAGUACUUCAAUCACAGCAUUACCAAGGAGGUUGAGACCAGUCUGGACGAAAUAAACAUCAGCAAGAUGAAGAGUCGCGUCGUUGAACUUGCAAUAUCGCUGGCUAUGGACCGGAAGGCCAGUCAGCGGGAAUUAAUAUCCAUCCUCAUUUCUGAUCUCUAUGGAAAAAUCAUUUCACCUAAAGACAUUUCUACGGGUUUUGACAAUUUGCUCAAGGGUUUAGCAGAUCUUGUGAUUGACUUACCUGAAGCACCAAAAAUGCUGGGUAUGUUCAUGGCGCGUGCGGUGGCGGAUGAUUGUCUGCCGCCAAAGUACAUUAUGAGUUACAAGGGCGAGGUGGACAACACGGCAAAACAGGCCGCCCUUGAGAAGGCUGAGUUGCUACUCAGUCAGAAACAUGGCAUUGUGAGGCUGGACAACAUCUGGGGGAUCGGUGGUGGUAUCCGACCUGUCAAAUACUUAGUUAAACAGAUGGUGCUGCUGUUGAAGGAGUACCUGUCGUCCAGUGACAUCAUUGAAGCGACAAGGUGCCUCCAGGAGUUAGAGGUGCCCCACUUCCACCAUGAACUAGUCUAUGAGGCCACUGUGAUGGUGUUGGAAGAUGGUACGGAGCGACCAGCAGAGAGAAUGUCCAAGUUUCUUCAGUCUCUGUACGAACACUGCAUCUUAACCCCGGAACAAGUGGCUCAGGGAUUCAAGCGAGUGUUUGACAACAUGCCGGACAUCAACUUGGAUGUGCCGAAUGCCUACACGCUUUUGGAAAGAUUCGGGGAUUUGUGUCAUCGUGAUGGCUUCAUUGAUGAAGCCACUUACAGGGAGCUGCCUAGGGGGGGAAGGAAGCGUUUCGUGUCAGAGGGUGACGGCGGAAAAAUUAAACCAGCUGUUCUGUGAUCUAUUUUUAGUGAUCUUUGACUUCAGCCAAUCAAAUGGCCAUAAUAAUGUCACAUGACUUAAAGCAUAUGUUGAGCAUGGCAUGUGUAUUUUGUGACACCUGUUUGGGAGUGGAUGUACAAUUAUUGGCAUUUUUCAUUUCACAGGCAAGUACCUGCUUAAAUGAACAUUUUUCACCCUUGAAAAAUAAGUAUUGAUGUUGAUUUUAAUUCAAGGUUGAUGUUUGGUGACUAGAAAUUUAGUAUAAUUGUGCAUCUUAAAGAUAUGGUUAGGUCAUAUUUUGUUAAAAGUUGUGUAUAUAAUUUAUUGUUACUCAUAAAAUGUUUGUUUAUAUAUGUUUACAGCUGAACUUGGUGUUAAAUUUUCUUCUUUUUUAUUGAUAUUCUGGAUGCAUUUUAUAUACAAUUGAUAUAUAAAUGAACUAGAUGGUUGAAAUUUAUUUAUGUCUGGAUAAGUAUGAACAUAUCGUGUCCCCUGAAUCCAAAAAACCUGACUAGCUGUUAAUUUGGGGAAAACACUUGAAGAAGUCCCUGAAAAGUUCUUGAUUUCUUUCCUGGUUGUUCUGUAUGAACCAUUUACUGCUGUUUCUGUGUUGUGACAUUUUCUAAGCAUUCUUUGGUUUAGGUCAUUUAGAUAAAUGUACAAUCAGUUUACUGUUCUGAGCACUAGGAAAUUGAUUAUUUUGUUAUGAAUUUCAAAAUUUAAUAUACCUUGAAGGAAGUGGGAAAUUGAGAUUUAUAAGAUCUAUUGAAUGUAUUCUGAGAAUAAGCACCAAGUUUAGAUGUUUUAUUGUUUUAACAUGUUCCGAAGACUUAUUGUCGACAUGCAAUACAAGUGCUGUUUACUGUUUAAUGAUUAUAAUGAUUAUCUCAUGCAGGUGAUGGCUUAAUUGAAGAGAAUCAUGUUCAAAUGUGGAAUUUUUAUUACAUAUUUGUCUUUUUUUUCUGUAUAACUUGUUUGCUUUUUACGUGUCUUCAAGUUGAUAGAAAAAAAUAGGUUAACAUUUUAUGAUGCAUUCUUUUCAUCAAUAAAUUUACUAGAUACAUUACUGUUGUAUAGUGAAAUGUGCAUAGUAACCAAUUUUCAUUUUAAGUUCACCUUUGUGGCAAACUCUAUUAGAAAAUGAUGUCAAUCUCAGCUUAUUUCAGGAUUUUGUUACACUUAUAGGUGGCUUUCAAGUAGGUCAUGUACAUAAACAGAACAUGACCAAAUGUAGACUAAUAUUCACCUAUGAAUUUGUUGCUUAUGUAUUUGAUAGUUAACUACAUGUACCAUGACGAGUCCCUAUUUAUCGAUCUUGUGCUUGUUAAUUAUUGUUUUCGGUUAAAUUUAUAUGAUUUUGCAAUAUUCGCAUGCUCCCAGAUGACGUAUGAUCUUUUAAAGCAUGUUAUGUUCAUUCUCGUACAUCAGAGGGAUGAUGCUACGCGUACAACAUAGAUUUAUCAUUAUCAAACCGCUGAUGAAUGAGCAUGGUCAUGUUAUGCAGUGGGCUUUAAUAAAUUACCAUUCAUGAGUUGCAGUAAAACUUGUAUUAUAACAGGAUGUAAGCUUGCUAUUAUUUUAUCAUAUCAUUGUACAUUCUAAUAAACUACAGCACAGUUAAUGGGUCUGGUAAAUAACAUACAUGCUUACCAACGCUGAAAAUUCCACAAGUGUUGAAUUGCGUUGUGUGUUCAUUUAUAGUACUAUUUGUUAUGAUUUCAAUACACCUUAGUUACCAAUACUGUUAUUGUUCGUCUUCUUGUGUUCAGAAUGAAACAAGGAUACAAGUCAACAUGGAUUCUUUUUUAAUAAACCUGCGAAAUUAU